CGCGAACCUCCAUCCCCUCGACGCGUUCCCAUCCCCCAUCAUGUCUGUCGACCUCGCGAAAGUAGUUGGGCACCAGACUGAGGACGUUCCGGUUGACUGGAACCGGCGCGAUCUUCUGCUCUACGCCGCUGGCAUCGGCGCCAAGAAGGAUGACCUCCCCCUCGUUUAUGAGCUGCACAAGGACUUCGCCCCGAUCCCCACCUACCCGGUUGUCCUGCCGCUGAAGGGCGCUGGGUCCGAUGUGAACUUGUUCGCAGACCGUAUUACGGGGAAGCCGGUUCCCGGACUCCCAUCCUUGGACCCGAAUCGAGUGGUUCAUGGCAGCCAGUCGAUCGAGAUCCUGAAGCCUCUUCCCUUGGAGAGUGGCCCAGGUUGGAAGUGGACAUCGCGCUAUGUUGCAGUGGCCGAGAACAAGAGCGGCAUCAUUCUCACCGCGGAGAACACACUCGUCGGCGCCGAUGGACAGGCGUACGCGAAGCUCUACUCUUCCUCCUUCAACGUCGGCGCUAAAGCUACUGGUCAGCGCUUCGCGAAGGCUAUCGCUGGGCCACCGCAAGCGAAGCCUGCACCCAAGCGCGCGCCGGACUACGUCUACAAAGAUCAGACAACGCCAGAGCAAGCGCUCGUGUACCGGUUGAGCGGGGACUACAACCCUUUGCAUAUCGACCCCAGCAUUGGGAAAGCCGCAGGCUUCGGCGGCGUCAUCCUCCACGGCCUCUCCACCUUCGGCUUCGCCGCUCGCGCGGUCAUUGCUACCGUUGGCGGUGGUGACCCUCGCACCCUUACACUUUUCGGUGUGCGCUUCACAUCCCCCGUACGUCCAGGCGAUGGGCUCGAAACGAAGAUCUGGGAAGUCGAGGGCGCGGGCGCCGGCGAAGUUGAGCUCGUGUUCGAGACGCUGAAUGUGACGACGGGCAAGGUCGCGCUCGGAUCCGGGAUAGCGCGCGUCAAGAAGGCAUCGCAGGCAAAACUGUGAGCAAGCUAAGCCAUAGUCGUAGGUCAAUUUAGUCCAUUUGUGUACAUUAUGCUUGGAUAUGGUUCGAAAUGACAACGGAAUUCAUCUCUA